GCGGCUCGGCCAUGCGGCUGCCCGCAGCCCGCUUCGUCCUCGCCCUCUGCGUCUGGAGGCUGGUGCCGCGCCGGGCUGCCGCAGGAACAGAGGAAGUGGUCUUUGGCAAGGCUGGAGGAACCAUCCUCCUUUUCUGCCGAAAUGUUUCCAAAGAAGCAACUGAGGUGGUGUGGUUUCAAGGGGACCCCCACUCCUUCCCCCCACUCUUCUCCUCGAGGGUCACCUUCCCCCCAGACGUGCGUUUCUCGCUGGUUGACAACAGCUCUCUGCGCAUCGCGGGGCUGCGAGUGCAGGACGAGGGCAACUACACUUGCAAGGAGGUGCUGAACAAGACAGACCACGAGCACAGAGUCCAGCUCCUGGUAGCCAAUCCACCACAAUCAACCCCCAAGUGCUGGGCUGACACCUCCUCGUCGGGGCUGCUCCUGCAGCUGUUUUGCAGGUGGCCUGGGGGGUAUCCACACCCCACCCUGCACUGGAGAGAAGAAGGGCACAACCUGGAGAACUCCAGCUGGGUCAUCAGCUCCACAAGCUCCUCGGACACACACGUGGAGACGCUCAACAGCUCCCGGCUCUCCCACGGCCAAGUGUUCACGUGUGUGGGCAGCCACGUGGGCAGGCAGGAGGAGCCCACCUGCUCCGUGGAGAUCAAGAUCCCUUCGCUGGAGUCGGAGCCCCCCAGGACCUGCGUGGAGGGCGAGACGGUGACGCUGAGCUGCCGGGUGCGGGAGAGCAGCCCCGCAGCACGGCUGAGCUGGCUGCGGGCCGGGGCCGAGCUGCGCGCCGGGGGCCGGCACCGCGUGGCGCAGGAGCCGGGCGGCUCCCGCCUCACCAUCCGCAACUGCUCGCGCCGCUCCGACGGCGGCUGCUACGUCUGCAAAGCCCAGAACCCCGUGGGGCUGAGGGAGCUCUCGGUCUGCCUGACAGUGCAACAGCCUGUGAACAUCGCCGGGGUCGUGGGGGCACUGGUGACUCUGUCCUUGUUGGCUGUUCUCACCCUCACCGGGCUCCUCUUGUACUACAACCCCCUCCCGUGCCCCAGAGGUGCUGCCUUCAGGAACCAGGACCUGGGGGAUGUCUUAGUGCUGGUGGACUCCGAGGAUGAGGGGAAGGGGGAAGAAGAGGCCAUGAGCAGCUCCAGCACACGUGAGGAGAUGGUGCUGGUCCACGGGCACAGUGCCCAGGCUGCUCACCUCAGCCACCUCAUGGAAGGUGGCAAUGGUGAGCUGCACAGAGGGGUCUCUCUGCAGGAAACGAGGGGAGAAGAGGCACAAGGCAGCCCUCCUGGGUAACAGGGAAC